GCAGCGUGAGCUGGUCCGCAUGUGCGACUGCAAGGCGGCCGAGUCGCCCGCUGGGUGGCCGGUGCCUUUGAUCACGGCCUGCUUGGCAAGCGGGGGCGGCGCCUCGGACUCAGUGUCAGCAGCCUGCCCGCGCUGGCAGUGGCGGGGUUCGCGGGUGCCGCAGCUCGACCCGGAGUUUGUCUCGGAAGCCCUGGCGGCGCAGCUGUGCAGCCACAGGGCCAUGGACGCGCCGAAGCACUACGGCGCCGAGGUCGUCCUGGCCCUGGCCAACGAGCUGCGCGACGAGGCCUUGGCUGCGUCGCCUGAGCGAGUGAGCGCCGUUUGUGCCAAAGAGCUGCGGGUCCAACUGCGCCUCCGCAAAGACCAGACCUUUGAGCAUUUCGAAGCACAGCUCCAACAAGCUGUGGGAAGAAGCGCGCCUAUGGGGCGCAUUUGGCUCCCCGCGGACGAAGUUGUGCUGGGAGCGGAGGCGGGGCGCGAAGUCCGCCGCAUCCUCUUGCACCAGGGCUUGAAAUUUUAUGAGAGGACAGCCUCCCGCAGCCCGCUCCAAGAGGUGGCGCAAUUUUUGGAGUACAAGUGGGUGCGAGAAUUAGGGCCCUUGAAGACCUGGGUCCGAAUGGACCCAGACGCGGUCCUAGACAAAUUGCGACGCUGCCGUGGCGCGAAGAUUCGCGAGCUGGGCGCGCUGAUGCGCAGCAAUUUGCCUUGA